AUGUUCUUAGCAACCGCCGCUUAUCUUUUCGCCUCGUCUGCCGCCAGCUCACCAACGACAAUCCACUUUACGAAUGAGGUGGCCGCCGCCAUUUCAGAUACCAUAAAUCUUCGCGUUAAAGCCGGUUCUUUCGAGGGCUCGGCCACCCUAAGCCGAGGCCAAAACUAUGAGAUCAAGGUGGAGGAAGUCAAUAGCGUGUAUUACGCAUUCGCCAUUUACGGCCUUACGAUUUCUGAUUUCCAUGCUUACGAGCCGACUAGUGAUAAGGGACAAGCCAACAUUUAUUGGAAGGCCGAUGAUUGGGGAAUCUCUAUCAGCUACGACAAUAUUAUAACCGCCGCUUAUCUUUCUGCCUCAACCGUCGCCAGCUCACCAACGACGAUUCACUUUACGAAUGCGGUGGCCUCCGUCCAUUCAGAUCCCAUAAAUCUUCGCGUUAAAGCCGGCUCUUUUGAUGGCUCGGCCACCCUAAGCCGAGGCCAAAACUAUGAGAUCAAAGUGGAGGAAGUCAAUAGCGUGUAUUACGCAUUCAGCAUUUACGACUUGGCAAUUUCGUAUUUCCAAGCGUACGUGCCGACCAGUGAUAAGACAUGGGCCAACAUAUAUUGGAAGGCCGAUGAUUGGGGAUUCUCUGUCAGCUACGACAAUAUUACGUUCAAGAAUGUGGCGCCUUGGGAUUCGGAGGAUGGUCACAGGUUCGUCGCCGGUAACCGGGCCACCGCCGUCUUUGCGCCGCCUCCCGUCACGCUGCCGCUACCGUCGCACGUCCUGCCAGACGCAGCUGUCGCCUCGCACCAGAUGCCGCCGCCGCCGUCCUCCAUAAACCCACCGCCAGCCGCCAUCAAAGCUCCUGUCGAACAACGGAAAAAGCUCCGUCGAACACAGACAAUCCAUCUCCUGCGACUACCGCCGGCACAUGCCUGA